CCACCGGUUUGAUCAGAGGUUAUGGCUUCAGUUUUUGUGCAAGUUGCACCGUUGCUGUAAAGUGCGAGUGUUUAACUCUUCGGUUUGGUUUUACGUUGACAAUUAACACCCGGUGAGGUUUACGUCUCUGGGGGCAGCUGUAGGAAGAGAUCCUCUGUCCUAAGAGGUGCCACACAUUGACGGCUCUGACAACUCGUUGCAACGUAACGGAUUAAAUCAGAGCCCGUGAUGUUCAAUCCGCACAUCCAUCAGCAGCAACAGCAACAGUUUCACCAGCAACUGAGGCAACUCCAGCAACUUUUCCAGCAGCAGCAGCCUCCGCCUCCCCCGCCGCAGCCGCCUCCCGGACACCAUGUGGCCCAUCACCACCAGACACCCCGAACCAUUCCUGUUGCCCCCCAGACAGCACCCCCUCCCCGGAUGGUCAACCUGAGCCAUGCCUCGCAGACGACCAUCAUCGCCCCCAAUCCCAUGCUGCAGGGUGCUUUACUGAUGCAGCAGAUGCAGGGUAACAUGCGGGGCUUUGGGAUGGGUGGGCAGCAGUUUCGGCAGUUCUUCACAGCAGGGAACAGGUCGUCCCUGCUCGGGCCAGUUCCCAUGGGCAUGGCUAUCAAGUCUCCCAUCAUGGGUUUCCCAGCUGCACGACCCUUCCACCCACAUCCCCGCUACUUCAACAACAACAACACCACCGCCUCCUCAGCAUCCUCUGCCUCCUCUUCUUCAUCUUCCGCGGAUGCUGCAAAUCGACAGCCAGAUCGUAAGCGGGACAGUGAGCAGAUGGCAGCAGGGAGCUCAGAUGAGCAACCAGCAGCAGCUAGCAGUACCACUGGAGCUAAUGGCAAGACUCAAGCAGAUGGCGCUACGGGAGGACUGGAUGGGCCAACACAACUAUCUGAAGAGCAACUUGAAGAGCCUGCAGUGAAGAAAAAGAGGACAGAAUGCUCGGAAAAGCCCACAGAACAGGGAGCUGCCGAGGCCGUCACUACGGCAAACAUAGAUGGGGAAGCUCUUUCCUCGGAGUGUAGCAGCAACACAGAGGAUGUCCACCCUGAAGAAUGCAUCGCUCUGGAAGAAAGUGGCUCCAGAACAGGAUCAGACGUUGUCGACGCACUUGAGGAGACCAAAGUUGGUGAGGUGCAUAGCUGUUCGUCAGCCCCGUCCCCCUCUGGCAGGCCUAGUGAGGGUGACCGGCAGGCUAAUUUACCAGCAGAGGAAACUUCACAGAGCAAAGAUGCCCCUGUAGCUUUGCCUGAGAGCCAGGAUGAAGAGGAGGAGGGUGUGGCAGAGGGCUCCAGCAAGUUCUACUGUUAUCUUUGCAGCACCACCUGCCACAACCAGCAAAACUUCAGGAGUCAUAUGAACAGCAUUUCCCACCAGCAGAGGAUGAUGGAGAUCCAACACAUGAGCAAUGCCUGCCUCGUCACCCUGCUGCCUCGGGUGCAGGAGUCUCUACAGGGAGCAAACAAAGAUGGGGAGAAGAAAGACUUGAAGCGCUGGUGUGCCACCUGUCUCACACACUUCACGAGUAGCAUCGCCGACCACCGUCGCACAGAGGAACACAGGCUUGCCAGUAAAACAGACAUGUCCUCCUGUGCCAUCUGCAAGAAACACUUCAAGAACUCCCAGAUGUUUUUGGAGCACUUGCAGUCCCAGGAGCACAGACAGAAGCUCCAGGAAAAAGAUUGUGAGGCCUUCGCCAAACUUGCUUCAUUGGGCACAGAAGGUUUUUCAAUAGAAACAGAGGAGGGGACUGAGGAGGAGAAAGGAUUGAGUAAUCAAGGAGAUGGAGAGGACGGCUGGUCCUCAGAAGCGACUCUAAACGACGUGUCCAGUGAUGAGCAGUAUAACCCUGACACAGUCUAUGGGUCCAGUUUUUUAGUUCCAGUCGCAGGUUUUAUCUGCAAGCUUUGCAACAAGUUUUACAACUUUGAGUCUUCUGCCCUGCAUGGCCACUGCAAAUCACUGCAGCACUUUGAGAAUCUUAAGAGGUACAGAGCCUUGGUGAGUCGAAAAGGUGAAGAUGCUGAAGAUUCAAGAGAAUCUGUCCAACCUGCUGACGGCCUCAUGCACAUAAAUGAAACUGCCUCAGACUGUUCGGAUAAAAAUCUACUCUCUGGUGACACAGAUUUAGCGAUGAACCUUACAUCCUUGCAGCCCGUCGUCACGCUCACCCAACUUAAAAUGCAGAUACGGGGCGAGGAAAAGGGAAAGCCGGCCGAACCUGAGGCAACCUCAGAGGACUUGUCUACCACCUCAGCAACCAUCACUAGCAACAUGGACACAUCCCCUGCUGAGGUGCCCGCCAGCAGUAGUGUGGACAUGGACUCUGAGCCAUCAGCCGCUGCAGAGGAUGCCAAUGAAGAGUUGGAGGAGAAAGAAGCCCCUGCAACCCAGGGGAAAAAGAUUGGGGCGGGGAAAGCACCCAGACGCAGGUCGGGAAGGGCGGCAAACAGACGAUGAGGAAAUGAUGUGCACAGAAAAGAAACAGGUACAAUCACAACCACUGACAGGAUGUGACUAAAGAGGUGCUUCCAUGGAACAGAGACCAAGGAGUUUGUGGUCGAGCUCCUCACCGGACUGGAAAGUUGGAAUUAAAUGCACAGAGGAACAGGACUUCUCGUGUGAAUCGCUCUCCCAGGGUGUGAAAUUAACACAAUUGCGGGCGAAGCUCUUAAUUUUGGCUUUCAGUUGGAAAAUGUGGGCCAGCGUCAGCCAUCACUAUCAGAUUACACAUUAUUAUAAAGUCAUCUAGUCAAAAAUAAAAAGAUGAAGUAGAUACUGAACUUAAAGCUUUUGUGUUUAGUAUCAGUAUAAUCAGAAUAACUAAAUAGACCUUUUUUUCCCCCUUUUUUUUUUUUUUAACAACGAGAACAUCCUUGUAUUUGAUGCCCUCUUUGAACUGAUUCCCGUACUUUGGUCUCUGGAAAACUGCAACUAAGCAGAUUGUGCUUAUUUGUGUAGUCACACUACUACAGAAAUUCAUAGAGAGGCUGUUGCUUCAACAGGUGACAGGAAAAUAUAUAUAAAAUAUAUAUAUCUUUGGAUAUAAUGGCCCAUUGAAGUUUAAUUGGCUUUAUUCUAUCAUUCCAAAUCUGUGCAUUGGUUCAGACAUUGUAUUAUUUAAAACCUAAUAUUUGCUGUGCUGAAUUAAAACUGCACAUAGUGUUGUUUGCAUACUAACUAAAAAAAAUAAAGGGUAUUGUGACUUUUACUGUAUACAUGAAGGAUGUAGUUUGGAAUUAGGAAAUGCUGCUUGGUUGCAAAAAAAAAGCUAAAUGGAAGUUUAAAUAUACAAUCAAAUUUGCAGAUAUAGACGAAUCCAUAGUUUUGUUUUGGUUUUUACUCUUUUCUUCCUAAGCUGAAUUCCUCCAGUGACAUUUAAAAUUAAGACUGCUCGCUAAAGUGCUAAUUUUCCACCCUGUUGUCCUCAAGAAUCGGGAGUCUUAGAUGGCUCAUUAUCAGCUUUUUUUCUUUCUGUCUUUUUUUUUUUUUUUUGUGCUAAUUCUCUGGCUAGCUAGGUGACUGAUGGUUAGUACAACCUACCAGUAUAAAAGACUGGACUGAUGGUAAAGUGGAGACACUGGCUAAUCACACAUAGCACAUGGUGAAAUGUAGAAUGUAAGCACACUGCAUACUUGAGCAGGUGUCAACAUUUGUUUUAACACAAACAGGUCUUAGUGGCACAUGGACUGAGCGAAGAAAAAAAGCUGAAUCUUGGAUCUGAUCACAGCCUGGUUCACAGCAUUUUAUCUUCUUUUUUUAUGAAUGGCUGGGAUUUUGGGUUUAAUUUGAUGUUGCUGAUUAUGUUUUGGGCAACAAAAAGAACAAGGCAGUCAGCAGUGGUUCCCUUCACACUGAAAGCAGUUUGUAAGAGCCGAAUGUGGUAAUGGACACCUGUCGUCAAAAUAUAGUCCGGUGAAGAGUGUGUGUAUUUUUAAAAGGCCGUCAGCAGCCAAAAAUAAAGGGCUUCUCUUCUAGCAGUAAGGCACUUGAUCUAAAUGACGAUUCUUCUCGUUUGCAUAAGGCUGCAUGCACUUUGUCUACAUCUUGUUUUUCAGUUUAAACGCUGUGCUGUCGCUUCCAGGUGAGAAUCGAUGGCGCAGGCUACAUUUAGAUAAAAACAAUUGUUUUCCACUCAUGCUUUUUAAAAGCAUUCACAGCCCAGUGUCAUUGUUUUAAGUUGGUGCUUAUUUGACUCCAGUUUACCAUCAUUUUAUUUUAGUUGCUGUACCAAGAAUAGAAACACAGUUGGGCGAUAGUACAAAACUAUCAAUUAAAAUGUAGCAAAGAGUCCUGUAGAUUAUCCAGAGGUGUUACUCACAGGUGAGGGUGAAACAGGAAGCAGCACUUCCUUCAUCAUAACCAGCGCUCUGCUCUGGAAACAUUUCACCCUGUUUUAGAGAAACCUAUUAUCAACCACAGAGGACUGACACACGUAGCAACCCUUGUAGUCACGUCAGCGACUGUCACAUGAUUAGUGUUGUAUUCUCUCUGAAUGAAGGAGACGUGAUCUAAUCUGUGCUUUUAAGCUCCGAAACAGAACGGAGAGGCAAAAAAAAAGGGCAUGUAAAGGAUGACUUCAAACAAAGCUGUAUGUUUCUUAUUGUAUUUUUAUUCAGCUACUGACAAAUUGAGAUGAACAAACUGGUGAUGUUUUCUAACUGCUGGAAGUUUAUUGUAUUUUUGGAUGUUUGUUUUCUGUUUGGGAGUCAUCUUAAUUUAUAUUAAAAAUGUCUCAUAA